AAAGAAAUAAAGAGAUCAAUGUAAUGCAAAAAUUUUAAGUCGCGAAAGCAACAAAAGUGUUUCGGUAGAAAGUAUUUCAAAAACUUAAUUAUAUAUUUAUAACAUUGGAGUGAUUUUAUUCCAAAACGGUCGUAUUGUUUAAAAUCGUUAUAUUUGUAGAUUGUGUUAAAUAAAAAAUAUAAACAUGUAUAUGAGCAGCCGCAUUCCUUUGUAUUAGCUGCUGCGUCAAAAGAAAAUAUUUAUGCAAUCUAGGACGGGUGUGAAUAUUAAUUCUCGCAUAAAAUCACCAAAGUGAAAAGAAAUGUAGUUUGACAGAAUGUAAUGGAAUAAAAGAAUUGAAAUCAGAUCGAGUUGAUUAUUUCGGAAUUAUCGGCACCAGGAAGAGCUAAAAAUAACAACCACCUCCGCACCUUUAGCUGGCGUGAACACUAUUCGGAAUAUAGCAUUUUUGCCCUUUGAUUUGCUUUAUCUUUACGAGUAAAUCAUGGAAAGCUUUAAAAUAAAAUUGCAAAAGUGCAUAAUAUAAUAAUUUGUAUGCAGUGAUUAAUCAUCAUUAUACAUACGUUAAUACGAUUUGAGAACAUAAAUAUAUUACAAUGUCUGACUUUAUGCCACGCGAUAUGCUUCCUGAUUUAUGGGACGAAAUCCUUAAACGCCAUUGGACAUAUUUGGACACCGAUGGAAGCAUUCAAAAGAUUGAAGAAGGAAAAAAGCUAGAAAAUUGUCUUAAGGAGUUUCUAUGCAUUGUGACUCAUGAUCGGAAAUUUUUUUUACCGGAAACAGAUCAUGUGCUGAGGAAAUCGAUACGGAAGAUGGACGAGUUCAAUGCGUAUAAGGCAAUCAUCGGAUUUAGAUCAAUCAGUAAUUAUGCCAAUAAUUUAUUUACAAAGCCCUGGCGAAAAGAGUAUCGAGUUUUAAAGAUGUAUUCAGGUUUCUAUCAACAUGAAAUCAAAUCGAAUUUGUUAGAUGCUGAAAAACUCUUCGAAGCUAUGGGCUACAGGCAGGUUUCGGAAGAGAUUCUCGUAUUGGAUGGCCCCAUUUGUCCUGACCAAGUGACAAAUGUAUCACGUGAUGCAAUGGCCGCUUAUGUCGAAUGUCAAAUAAUGGAACACAUUUAUUCAGGUCUCCUUGCGCUUGGGAUUACUUGUUCUUGGCAAGAUAUAUUUCAUUACCGAGAGAAGUUUAUUGGCGGAACUUCGCAAGCGAUCAACGGUUUGGGUUAUGUCAUUCAAGAAAAACAAAUGCGAAAGGAAAAACUCAUAAAUAUUGAUAACUGUUAUGCAAGUAUUCAACAAUCACCGCAAACAUUUACGACACCGGAGUGUGCAAAUUGUUCGAUUUAUAAUCGCAUACCUCCACAAUCACAAUAUGGAAUACACAGCGACAACCACGGAACUUGCACUAUUCAUGGAAACAAUGGAAACAGUAAGAUGCCUUCAUAUCCAAUAGCUGGAUACCAGCAACCACAUCAAGUUGGGUAUGGAUUGUCCUCAGCUGGUAUGCAACACUCUCGAAGUUUGGAGCACUACAGUGAACCGGUGCCACAGUUGCCACAUAGACAUUCAUUUGACCAUCAACAAAAGGGUUGCACGGCGCAUCAUUACAAACCUUCACAUCAACUACCAUCGCAUCAUGUUUACGAAUCACCUUAUGAUUGCUUAGAUGGAGCCAGUAUGGGUGGAAGUAGUGUUUCUUAUGCGGCCGUUGUUGCGUCAGGUGGUGGUUCAAAUAACGCAAUUAACAAUUGUGGCAUGAACUCGGCUUAUUCGCAUCCCUACAACGUUUCAGGCAACCGUUAUCCACUCCCGUACAAUAUUUCCAAUCAGUUGAAUACGCAGUACGUGACUUCUAAUGUCACUUGUAAUGGUAUUAAGAAUGAUCCCUACAAUAAUACGGAUAACAGCGGCUACGCAUCCGUGUCAAAGCCGCACAACUACAACUACCAACAGCCGCCGUUGCCACCCAUCCGCCAAUCGUCCGUAGUGGCUGGUGGCAAAGAUUUUCAUGCGUACCGGCAACGUUCCUUUCCACCAGACCAACAAUUGAUCGAAUUUGAUGAUCGUGCUCCAUUAAAAUCACACGAUUUCCAUGCUCAACUACACGCAUUACCACAUUGUAACGCAUUCGAUUAUGAUCGGGAACGAAAUCUCGACCAGCAGCGGCGCUUUAGUCGAGGCGCGAACAUCCCAACAACUUAUACGCAGCCGAAAGAUAUUAUGACGGACCAUCAAUAUGUAUCGCAUGCAGGCGUGGUAUCCGCUGCUCAGUAUCCCUCUUCGGACGACAUGUAUGGAAACUAUGCUUACGCACGACCAUUGCCGAAAGCUGAACGUUUAAAAAACAACUCGUCGGCUAAUAUUUCAACGAAACAGGAAAGAAAUUCGAAUGUAAUGGAUGUUCUCGACAAUAAUGAUAAACAUUUGCAACUACAGCAAAUGGAAAUGAAGGACAAUGCAGCGACGUUGAAAGGAAUGACUGGCGGUGGUAGCAAAAGGAAAAUAUCAUCGCAUACCAACGAAGUGUCUGAUUUAAGUUAUGGAUCAAAUUUCGAUGAUUUCGAAACAGUGGAUCACGGAGAGCAACGUUCCCCGACUCAAGCAUCUAAGAACCAAGAUGGAGUUGGUUCUUAUGAAUCGUGGAGUUACGUUUUCCAAAAUUUGGAGCGAGCCGGCUAUUCAAAAGAUCUAGAUGAACGAGGUGAUCUUCUAGUUCAGGGUUUGAAUUUAGAUUCAAUGAAUUUGUCAAAUGGCGGAGGAGGAAGCAGUAGCGGUCCUAAAACCAACGUGGAGAAGCGGCGGUCAAAUCAAGUGGAUGCGACAAAGUCCGGACGACAUACUAAUAAUGAACAAAAUGUAGCACCUUUACUGGAUAAAUCAGGUACAUCGACUGCGGUGCGUGAAGGUGAGAAACGUGACGAGAAGAAGUCGGGCGUGGGUUGUAAUAAACAAGAAAAAUCCAUAUUAAAACCGCAGCUGGUGAAGAAAACAAAAUCGGGCUUAAAGCACGUCGUUCCAACUCCAGCGUAUGACAAUAAUAAUAGUAAUAACGAAAAACCAUCGGAGAGAAACAUUCGGCCAAAGACUCGAAAGCCAUCUGCCGCAGUGUUGGCGAACACACAGCCGGCCUUAAUCGGUCAGAAUGAAUGGAGUUGCCGUUUCUGCACAUUUAUUAAUCCAGACUCCAGACGGGUUUGUGAGAUUUGUUGUCGCAGCAAAGAUUUAAAUCCGGAAGCGGUCGUGUCUCACACACCCACUUGUGUUUAAUUGCCUUUCUGUUAAGCCUCUAACAAAAACAAAAACAUUUAGUCGAAUUAAUAUGAAUUUUAUUUAUAACUUGACUAUGUAUGCUUCAAUUUAUAAUGUAAUCGGUUUAAGUAUAUUACACAAUGAAAAACUUUAGCCAAAUCUACGCCGAGUUUUAAAUAUUGUUUUUGAUUUAAUGAGAAGUAAACCGAGUAGUUGUUAUUUUUAUAGUAGUUUCCAUAAAUUAAGUUAUGGUAAUGAGUGGAUGAACCCUAAGUAUUUCUGUGUUAUAUUUAUUCAUAAUUGCAAUUUUUAUCCAUUGUUGAACUUAUAUGUACGUAAAUAUUGUUAAAAAUUAUUCACAUUGGAAGUGGAAACAAUCAAUGAUUUAGUAUCUUAGUUCCCAUUAUGUGCCUCCUGAUAUAUUGAUUCACAAACAGCUAAUCACAAAAUUUAAACUACGAAUUUGAGUGUGAAAUUUAAAUAUUUAACGAAUUAUAAUAAAAAACCUGUAUAUAUUAUGACCUAAUACAAACAUAUAUAUCUACAAACAUAUGUAUAUACAAAAGUAAUGAAUUAAACAAACAGAACUACAUACUUAUACAUACAUACAUAUUUUAUAAUUAUUUAAGCAACUUAGAAAUGUGAAAUUGAAGAAGACAGUAAUUAACUACCAUAUAUAACAAUUAAAGCUACGGCUUGAUAGAUAUCGGCUGACAAGACUCCUGGCAAAGGGAUUGGACUGUUUUCACGAUAAUUUUUUAUCGCGUUUUAUAUUGGUGUUUAUUUAAAGAGACGGUGUCUCGUCACCCUUGAAAUUAUAUUAUAUAAAGGGAGUUAGAUCAUUUUAUGUAAGAUCUCGUUGGGGUUACAUCAGCAGUUUUAAACACCAAUAAACGGUACAUAGAAAAUAAAUUAAAUAGUGAAUUAACAAUAUAAAUAAUUAAUUUAAGAAUCAAUUAAUUCUUUAUAGAUCGUUUGUUGGUGUUGAUAGAUUUUUAUUAAAUUAAAUCCGUUGUCGAAGAUUUAUUUGUUCAUUGCUCUUGGGAUGGUAAGCAAUCGGCAACUUUUCUCAGGAAUCUCCACGCCGGAGCGAAUUUUUGCAGAUAUCAUGUAUCGGUAUGGCUCAGCUCGUAGUUUCAAAAUUUACCUGUCUCCACUGAGAACUAGAUUUAUGUAAUUCCUUAUAAUUUAUAAAAUCGCCGUCUAAAUAAGCGACUUAUGAUAAACAUUACAUUAUAUAACAGAAUACUGAGAAAGCGAGUAGCGGGUUUGUAGGCAAGUUGUGUGCUGGGAUGAAAAUGAAUUUCUCGAAAGUAAGAAAAUAUUUUCCACGAAUUAUUAACGGAUGUGGAAAAUACAUGCUUUUAUAACUAUAGAUACACACAGAUAUGUAAAUAAUUGUUUUGGCCGUGAGCCUUAAAGUCAUAAAUUUGUUGAAUUUGAAUUGGUCUAAGGACAGAACUGAGAAUUACCAUAUACUAAAUCAUAUUUAAAUAUGUGUGUAUAUCGUUUAUAUUAUAAUCGAAAGACGUUUCAGUUUUAAUCUAUUAUAUAUUAUAUUUAUCCAUUAUUUGUGUUGUACUUAAUAUGGUUAAUCAUUCAUAAUAUGUAAUUACAAAUAAAAAUUAUAGCAAAUCUAUAAUAUAUUACUAAACAAUAUAAAAUAAAACAAGUAAAAGUAUGUUCCAUUUACCUGACACAAAUUAUUCAAACUUGUUGGUAUUUUUUGGUAUAUGAGUUCGAAAAACUAUUCUUCGAAUUGUUUAUAUCUUUACUCUCAAAGCUAACGGUGAAUUAGGGGAAAUUCAAAUGAAAUUAAUUAAUUAAUUUUUAUUUUCGGGGAUUGUUGUUGUAACGCUUAUCUAAACCUGCUUGAAAUGUCAAGCACAAAUCAAUUGUCAUCGAAGUCAUCUAAUUGGAGGCCUAGGAAACGAGCUGUUUCGAUAGGUUCGGGCCAAAUGAAAAGGGGUAUUAGAUGGGUGGAGCUAAUUCGGCAUGCAAAGAGGUGGUUAGUGUCAUGUGGGACAUAUGUUGGAUAUGUCUGGGUUUAGCCUGGAUAAGUAAGAUAAAUAAGAUUAAUCUGUUUUUAUAAUCCUAGCAGAAACUGUUUGAAGAGCAUUUAAUCGUUGUGUAUGUAAAUGCUCUACCGGACACAUCAAGACACAACCUGGGACUGACAAGUCUGAAGCUUCUUUAUAUGCGUCACACUACCUGCCGUUGUUGUUGUAGUAACGGUUAUCUAUCCCUGCCGGAAAGGACAGCAUAAAUCUAGUUGUCAUCGAGGUCAUCUAACGGGAGGCCCAGGAAACGUGCUAUUUCGACAGGGUUGGACCAAAGGGAAAGGGAUGUUAGAUGAGUAGGGUUCGUUGGGAAUGCAAAAAGGUGGUUAGUGUCAUGCGGGCACUUAUUGCUUGCAGGACAUGUAUUUGGUGUGUCGGGGUUCAGUCUGGAUAAGUAGGAGUUUAACCUGCUACAAUAUCCAGAUCAAAGUUGCACAAACUACGUGCCGUCGACUAUAUAGGUGCGGCAAGGUUACUUUCUCCUUUCCCCAUGUGCUGCCGUUUAGCGACUUUCGGAUAUUGUUGCGGCUCUGUGCCUGCGUAAGAAUUGUGGUCGUGUCCAGAGUGAAAGACUACAAGCUGUUCAAGGUAAGACCCAGAAUUAGACCAGUUGGGGAAUAUGGUCGUUGAAGAUUUAGUAGGGGAGAGUGUUAGUUGCUAGCAGUAAAUAAGCGAGAAAGGUCGAGAAUAUAGGAGUCAACUUUCAAACACAUGUAAUUGAUUGUAUUGAUCGUCAUGUCGCCGUCUAUUACACAAUAUGGUACUGUGUUGUGUAAUAUGAAGCCUGGGACUCCACCACUGUCUCAUUCGUAAUCCUUACGUAUAACGUUGAAAUCGGCACAGCUAAGAAAAUCUUACCUGUCGUUUAGCUUGGCCCCAGUCGAAACUUUAAUGCCCUCGACUGAAAUAUUUAGGUCCAGACCAGUUGGGGAAUAUGAUCGCUGAAGAUUUAGUAGGGGAUAGUGUUGGCUGCUAGCAGUAAAUAAGCGAGAAAGAUCGAAAAGAUAGGCGUCAACUUUCGAACACAUGUAAUUGAUUGCAUUGAUCGUCAUGUCGCCGUCGAUUAGACAAUAUUGUACUGUGUUAUGUAAUAUGAAGGCUAGGGCUCCACCACUGUCUCAUUCGUAAUCCUUACGCAUAACGUUGAAAUCGUCACAGCUAGGAAGAUCUUAGCGACCGUUUAGCUUCUUAGACCGCAGCUAUCCCCGCCCAUUUAAUAAACUAUACUAUCCAUUAAAUAACUAUCCUUAAUUUUACCUGGAGUCCGUUGCAGUUGAAUGGAAAUAUCAACGUCUGUUUCGAUUGGCUAGUAUUGAUUCUGGGUCGAGGAAAUGAUAUGCAUGUGUUGGUUGCUACUGUUGCAAUCCCCGCGGGGUAGUUGUUGCACUAGGGUUAUGUUUGGCGACAUUGUUUGACGUUGUUGCGAAAGGUACAAAUACCGGAACACGUCCGAAAAAUGACACCAGCCAGAGCACACUUGACUGGUGCGAUAUUCCGGCGUUUUACGGUCUGACGCACGGAACAGACGGUGCGAGAAACCAGAAGUUGGCUUGUGAAUCUCGCACGGCGAUUGGGGCGGAAUGAAGGUUGGGGAGGGGUUUGAACAAACUGGGAGGCAUGCUGCCUAGAGUGCCGGGGGAUCGCUAAGGUCCUUUGUUGGUCCCUCUUUGUAUGUAACGGUGUGUGUACUCAAACUCGAUGGUAAUUGGUAAUAAAAUCCUGGUCAAUUCCGGUACCACAGAACCCGCAGUGCCCUCUAAGUAUCGCAGCAUCCUUCUCUUAAGUCUGAGGUAUGCUCCAAUCAAAAACUUAUUUCUGAUAACACGGCACACAGUUGCAUUGGAAAAUCAUAGGCAGAAAGACUUGAGUUCGAAAAGCUUAAGAUGUUAUCUAACAACAGCGCCGUCCGAAAAUUUUAGCCUGCUUUUGUAAAGGCAGAAAUGGAAAUCUCAUAACAGACACCCAGAGUACAAGCAAUCAACUGUGACGACCUUAUCGUCCCGUCACUCGACCAAGACGAGAUUAAAAUAGCUGUAUGAUGGUUUAAUAACAAGAAAGCCUCAGAGACCGAUGGAUUAUCGACUGAGCUGUUUAAAGUCGGCGGCGAGGAGAUCAUCUUUUUUUCGCUUUGGAUAGCACUGAUAGGUACAUUUGGUAUCCCGGCACAAUUCCAAUUUUUUUUGCGGCUCGAUCUGAAGGUUGAUCUGAAGGUAUGAGUUUUGUGUAAUCUUGGGUUUUUUAUUGCACUUUAACUUGCGCGGGCUUCUGUCAAAGAUAACUUCUAUGUUCGUGUUGUUCACCUAUUUUCUUUCUAUGUUGUUGAUAAGCGAAGUUGGGGCGGUUUAUCUCCUCUGCAUUACCUAUCUAUUACUUUUUGGAGAGUAAUGCAGAGGAGUAUUUGUUUGAACUAAACAAUGACGUUGGUGGCAUAACCGUACUAUUCUAAAAGGACAAUGCUACCGGGAAGCCGAUGACAUUGAUAUCAUAGGCCUUAAGAGAAGAAUCGUCAGAGCAACCGUUUCCAGACUAUAAAAAGAAGCGAAAAAAAUUGGUCUUGUGGUAAACGAUGGCAAGACAAAGUACCUUGAGGACACACACGAAGAUUUCUUCUGUAUUGGGACUACGUCACUGUUAGCAGCUAUAAAUAUAUAUAUAUAUGUAUAUUGUAUAUAUAUAUAAAGGAAAGUACUUUUUAAAUACCACCAACAAUUUAAGCCCAGGCAUCAAGCGUAGAAUAAAUUUUGCAAACUGGUUCUUGGGAUCAGUAGACAAAUGACGAAAUUACCCUAAUAAGUCUUUUAUCGUUCUCGUCCAAUUAUACGGCGCAGAAACAGAGACGAUGACAAACCGAUCCGCAAGAACAGAGAAAUUGGAAUCAUGAACUUUACGAUCUUUAUGCUAACAUUGAUAAAGUUCAGCGGAUAAAAAUCCAACAAAUGUGCUGGGUGGGACAUGUCGUGCGCAUGGAAGAUGAUGCCCCAGCGAAGAGCUCCUUCGAUUCGAGUCCGAUGGGUAAACAACGGCAGCAAGGACGCCCACGCAUUCAAAUCUACCCUUGGGAUGUACAACUGGUGUGACUUCUCAAAGGAUAGUUGGAAUUCCGAUAUUAUCGACAAAAACUUAAUCGUUGAAAACAUUUUUAUAUGAGCUAUCGCUCAUUUCGGAUUUCAGUUCCAGCAACGACUAUCUAACAUGAGGUUAAUUAAAUAAUUUUGUUUAUGGAGAUCCGAAAUGAAUACCAACAGACACAGACAGCCAUGCACACAUGAUCGUUUCGAGUAUAUUACUACUGAGUGCCAGCUCCUGAAAAGAAAACACUUUCCACAUGUAUCUAUAAUUGUAGUUUCACAAUUAGGAGAAAUAUCAUCCAAAUUGGCUUUGUUAUAGUGUCAUUGAGUCUACUCUCAAAUGACACCUGACUUUACCACAGGUGUCUUUAAAAUGCUGUUAAAUCAACACGUCAGGAUACGAUAUCCCGCGUCAAGCACAAUGGCGAUUUAAUAUUAUAUAAAUUACAAUUUUAAAUAGACCUUACAGAUCAGAAAAAUCUAAUUUUUUUUUGAGACGAACAUACCAUACCAACAUACACAUAGUUCAUUGUAAUAUAUUAUUUCUGAUUAAAAGAGUCCAAGUCCUUUUUUACACAUUUUAUUUAUACAUUUAAGUAUGUGUUGCAGUUAUAACGCACAAAUAUAACAAAUUUCUGAAUGCUUGAUACACAAACAACUCCAAUAAUUAAACGACAUGUGUAUGUAUAUUUAAAAUAAGAAAUAUAAUCUGUUUUUUAUGUUGGAUUAAAAAUACAUAGCAGUUUAUGUGUAACCGUUAAUUUCGGUUUUUAGAGAAACCAUCAUCAUUUAGUAGAAACCGUUAUCAAAACAACAAACUUUUGUUACAAAUCGCGGAUUAUGUGCUCACGAGCAAAAAUACUCAUGUUUUAGAUGCGUUCGGAGCAAAAACUUAGUACAAGCAAUGUGCGCGAGGUUAAAAAUAAAAUGUGAAUAGGUUAAAAAAUUCCUCUUGCCUCCUGAAUAUGUUUCUAUUUCUCAAGUAUACCAACAACACAUUCAAAUUGGGGGCAAUCUAAAUUAGUAUAUUGUAGGCGCCUUCCCGUUAUAUAUUUUUCCAAUACUACACAGAGUGUUCACUACGGUAUAACGGUGUUUUCGCCGACUAAACAGUAAUAAGGCUUCUUUAUAAUAGCAAUGUCUUCCAACUGCUUGCUUAUGAUUACUUAAUGUACUAUAUAGUUACAAUUUAUGUUGCUGAAUCGCGAUGAGUUUUAAACUCUCGAUUAAUAUUUAUUUUUUGUUUUUGCAGAACAAAUUCCUUGUAUUUGAAUAUGAAAUUGUUUUUGAAUAACAGUCUAUCUUUAAUAUGUACCUUCUGCACCAAUCAAAAGGUAUAGAACACUCUUCACUAAUAUUCGAAAUGGGCGAAAUAACCAAUGAUUCAAAACAUAAAAAAUGUUUACUUCGUCAAUGCCGAAGGAAUACCCGAGUUAAAUUAGAUUAUAAUAUUUCGUUCCAUCACUUCUUAAAACUUCCUUAAAGUUUUUACCCAAUUGUUUUUUAUAAAACACGCCAGUAUUUCAAAGUACUGUGCGAUGUUACCAAAGUUGGUGUUGCAUUUUCAAGUCUUGCCCAUGAAGGGUAUAAAAACAGAAACAUUUAAACAAUUUAUACUUAAUAGUUUUGUUUUCAUAUGACCGGGUAAAAAUAUCAAAAAUUCAGUCUGUUAAAUAAAGGGAAACAUGUAGGGGUUCUUUAGCCAAAUCUAGAGUUAGUAGAGGACAUAGCUACAACUAUUUGCUAUAAAUACACCUGAUCCGUUUUGUGUGAGGAAUUUUAUAAGGGAUUUUAUAAGAAGUCAUUAAAAUUAUUAAAAAAUAAAAAAAGGUUGGUUCAACUUAAAAGGAAGAGAGUUUUGUAUUUAACCACAAGAACAAGAUCAGGCAUAUGCGUACAUACAUAUAUACAAGUUUUCUCCUAAAU